AAUUCCUCUCACUGCCUCCUUCUACGCCCAAAGAAAUCUGAUCCCCAUCAAUUCAGAUCAGACAAAGGGUCCUGUGUCAGUUAGUCGAGUUUGGUCGUGGUCGUAUGGAUCGAGCGCGAACCAUGAUUUCGGCCAUGAAAAAGCUACUUGCCAUCGCUGUACCUGUGAUUCUGUCCUUAACAUUUAGUCCACAGUUAACUUAUGGUCAAAUAACAGCCAUCAACAUCGCACAGGGCAAGAAAAUCGAAGCGACUUCAACGUGUGGAGUUGGCGUGGGCGAGAAAGAGCUUUUCUGCAAAUUGGCGACCGUGCCGGGAAAGUUUGCAAUCUCUGGUCUAUCUUGCGAUUAUUGUGACCCAUUGACACCUUCAAGUAAUCAUUCGAUUGAAUACGCUAUUGAUGGAACUGAAAAUUGGUGGCAGUCACCCCCGCUUUCCAGAGGACUUCAGUAUCAACAAGUCAACAUCACAAUCGAUUUGGGACAGGUCGGUGUGUUCGCCGUUUUUAUGCUGAUCGCAAUAUGCUAUUAUCCUCAAUCGUCUUCUUUUUCAGUGACAGAAUUGUGGUUUGCUGCAGUUAAGCUUCAGUUUGUCUUGUACAACUGAUCGACCUGAUCGGCCAACUGCACAGUCCAUAAUUUGGUCUCGAGAUUUGUAUGAAUUCUUUCUCAGCGUUGCCGCAGAUCUCUUGAAGGAAAUCUGCAUUUCAGGUCACAUUCCUUAGGUCUUGGUCACAAAUACCUCGCAAAAAUUUUCCAAAAAGAGGCAAAGACAGUCUCAUUAAACUGUGAGCCUUAAUAGUGAGCCUAGCAUAGCAUUUUUACUAAAAGCCUGUAUAUUUGGAUGCGUUUUUUAAGUGACCUGAAUGAAUGUUAAAUCUUGCCCUAUGGAAUGUGAUUCAAAGAUACACGGUAUGCGGCCUCUGAAAGUGAAAUUUGAAAGCACAACAAAUCAAAAUUAAGUAUACAAUCCGAAGUCUUUAAAGGUUCACAGUGUUUAUACCUGCCAACUUUUUCUGAGAUGUAGGCGUGAGAUUUUUAUCCUGGGAGUGCUGGGAUUUUUGAAAACGACACGAUCAUUUCCGAAGAUUCCCGAAGAAGUCCGAAGUCUUCCGAAGACGUAAAAAGUUAUCGAGAAAAACGCUUAUCCACAAAAUCAGAGAUCGCGAGGAAGGUAUUGUCAUUUAUUCAUUUUCUGUCAGAGAAAUUAAAGGCAGGCGUGAGACUCACGCCAGGCGGUUAGAAAGCUUGGGCAUUUUCUGUCAGAGAAUUUAAAGGAAUUUCUCACGGAGCCAAGGAAUGUGUGAGGAAACUUGUCAUUUUGAUACGAACUCAAGUGGUGGAAUUGCACAAAAAUUUUGAUCACUGCAAGUAUAGUUUGUGUGUGAACAAGAAAAAAUAUUUUGGGUGGUUAUUUUUCAUUCUUUAAGCCAAAAGUGUGAAACUACUUACGAUUCGACUGAAUAAACUUGUGCAGGGUUGUCAAAAGUAGCCAGCUGCCAGUGAAAAUCUCUGCCUACUUGGUUAGUAUCGGCCGGCUACUCUGCUUGGAAUUUCUUUACAGAUGGCGUUUUUCAAAUAAAAUAUCCCUGGACUGGCCACUAACUUUGACAACCCAGCUGUCUACUUCUACUACUAUUUUUAUUUUUACAACCAUCGAAACGACUUGUGUCAAAAUGGCUUUGUAUCAAAACGACCAGUAACCAUGUGUCAUGGUAUCCCAGUGCCCUUUGCUUGCUUGUCAUGCUUUGCAGUUUCUGUUACACUAUAAUAAAAUAGACCCUUCCGUGGUUCUUUCAGCGUUUGACAGGGAUCAGUUAUCGAAAAUCCAUCAACACAGCUGAAAGGAACACCUUAAAAUUAGUGAAAAUGCCAAGUUUGAAGGUUAUUUGUUGAAAACAGAAGCAUAUAACCAUGAAGUGUAUAAUUCUGUUUCAGUGCUGGGGUUUUUUGGAGAACCAAUCAAGAUUUAGUUCCUAGUAUGGAAUGACUUAUACACGUAGCACUAGUGUGAUGAAAACUUGAACAAAGGGCUACAAAGGGCAGCUAAAGGUUUAUGAAGUAAAAUUGACCAAAUCAGAACAAGACAUGAUAAGCAUCUUACAGGCCUCGCGCAACUUGAUGCCAAAAGCUAGUGUGUGCUAAAAAGAGUUUGCGUCAACAUCACACAACCUUAUUUUUUACCAUAUAGUUUUCGAAGGUUGCUAUCUUAAUAUUAAGAGCAGUGCGCAAAGUCCAUUCAGAAUAAAAUAUAGCAUGUUAUGCAAUGAACACUAAGAUGCAAAACUACUUAUUGAGCACAAAGAUUUUUUUACCGAAAGUAUUCGCAAAGAAAAUUUUUUGUACACACCAUGGUGCAGCUUAGUGCUGGUAAAUGAAACAAACUUGUUGACUCCACUACCUGUAAAUAUUAAUGUUUUUGUUCGUUGAUUAUGUAAUAUAACAAAUUUAAACGUCUCAAUUGAGUUGGAGUUUGUUACCGUUUUAUUGGCAUGCUUUGAUGAGCUGGGAGUUAUCCUACGCUGUGGUGUUUUUUCCAGGGUUUGCGUUACUGUACUAGGCCUGUUGUGGGGCAAUUUCCAGUGCCCCCUGGGUCAGCAGUUUACAAAUACAAUUUAUGCAUGCGCAUUUAUAUGUGCUUGUAGUUUUACAGUGUGUAGUGUUCGGGCAUCUUGCUCAGUAUUGCUCAGUUUUAGUGUUUUUUUCCCUCCCUCCUCACCUUUUAUUAUUAGUAGUAAUGGUAUUGUUGUCCUUAUUUCUCCACUGAACUUGGUUCAGUGUGAUGGAUGCUUGGGCUGGGGCUGGGUGUGGCGGGCGGGGCUCAUGGCUGAGUUGUGGGUAGGGAAGGCUUUUGGGGUGUUCUUGCUACCUGGGUUAGGGUCGGCAGCUGCAGUUCCCAGGUUCCUAAGAACCCAACCUCCAUGUGCAACUCAGGCAUUAACUAGUCUUUAUCAAAACUUGAAAAGAACCAUUGAAGGGUCUAUUGCUUAAAGGUGUAGGUUAUUAAGGUGGCUCAACUGGAUUUUUUAAGGGUGAUGCCUCAACUGUCCUUUCUGCGAAUAAUUAUUAUUUGUUUUUUUUUUUAAUUAUAGGAAUAUCAGGUAGCCUAUGUCAUAGUCAAAGCAGGAAAUGCGCCUCGUCCAGGAACCUGGGCUUUGGAAAAAUCUGUAGAUGGGGGCAAAACAUAUACACCUUGGCAAUAUUUUGCUACGACAAACAGUGAAUGUUUAAACUUCUUUGGAACCUCCUCACUGCUACAGUCAUUCAAGGAUGACACUACGGUGACAUGUACAACAAGUUAUUCACAGGUGCCUCCGUUUGAGAAUGGCGAGGUAAAUUAUUUUGUGUAGAGUUAAUAUGAGAGAUCCCUUAAAUCUGGUAAAUCAUAGACUUUGAGAUGCCUAUGAAAUACUUUUAUUAUAACUAUUUAUUAUUUUUAUUUCUACUAUUAUUAAUUAUUAUUGUUACUAAGCUAUUAAUGUCCUCAAUUAAUGCUUUUUGCUAAAUACAUAGUCUCCUCAAUAAAGCAGGUCUUUUUUGACAAUUGAAAUUUCAUGCCUCAAGAUUGUCCGAAUUCUUCCAAUUCUGAGAUUCCCAAAACUACUAGUUGGUAUUUUUUGUGAUAGCUCUGAUAGCCUGUUUUAUAGCUGUUCUUUUGUAAGGCACUCAUAUGUAAAUAGUUGGAUAUCGUCAUUUCGGAGAGGGUUGUUGAGAACAGGACUGUUGCUUACAGUGACAGAUGUUUUGACAAGCUGAGGUCAUCAUGCCUUAAAAUCACUCAAUCCUAGUCUACAUUAUAUAUUGGCAAGAUUAUUUGUCAAUCUACAGAUAAUUUUUGAAUCUAUGGACAGAACCCUUUUGUGUUACCAUUUAAAUGAAACCUCUUUUGCGGGGUUCAUACAGAGUCUUGAAUUCUUGAAAAAGUCUUGAAAUUUGUCCAGCAAUUUUCUAGACCUGGAAAAAGUCUGGAAAAUAGAGAUGAACUCUACGAAAAUUGAGUUUUUUUUUUCAAAGCUACAACAAAUGCUUUAUAAGUGAAUUUUUUUCACUUUUGUCAAAUCUUAUUCAAUCUCGUCCAUAUGUUUGCAGCACACCAUGAAAAAAGCUUUGUUCCUGCAUUAUAAAAUAGGUGAUCAAUAGAGUUCUUAACAACCUUGAGUCUUUUUUUGGAAAAAGUCUUGAAAAAGUCUUGAAUUUUGGAUCCAAAAAUCUGUAUGAACCCUGUAUUUAUUUCUUAGGAUUUUACCAAAAGAAAUUUGAAUUGUUUGUGGGUACUUUUACUUUGGCCACUAAUAGGAAUAAGAGGGUUAACAAAUUAAAGUCAAGAAACCCUUAUAAAUACAGGUUGACAAGUCAUUGUCACUCAUGGCCCUACACAGUGCUCACUCUGAUGAUCAUUAUCCAACUUAUAUUUACAUUUGACAUGACCAAUGGUUUAAGGGUUUGAACCAUUUACAAAGUAAUCCAUAUCGCACUGUUGUUGUUUGUGCACUGUAACAAGAAUAACUAAUAAUUAUUACUGUAUUUAUUUCAGAUUCACAUUUCCUUGGUAAAUGGAAGACCUGGUGCUGCCAACUUUUCUUACAGUAAAGCUCUGCAGGUGAGCCUUGAUGCAUACACAUGUACGUCACCAGGACUGAAAUGAGAGAUACAUGAGUAGCACUCACAAAGACGCCGUAAUCCUUGAGUUUUGCUUAUAACGUCAAAUACUUGCAAAAAAAGGUUGCGUCAAACUUCAUACAGUUACGUUUUGCUUAAUCUGGCCUUGGGAUGACUGGGUUAAAGAAUAUUUGGGAAAAUCAGGAUUCCUGGCAACCGAGAUGAAUUUUAAUGACAUAGCUCUCAUCGGACUUUCUUCAUUUCUAACAGAAGAUUAUUGACUGUGUGAAAUGUAAUCAUAGUCACCUCUGGUAUAUCCUAAAGAGCUCAGUUAAAUGUCCCUUCACUGUUUUAAGUGGUUAUUGUACAUUUCACUCAGUUUUGGUGUGAUUUCUUAAUGGCUGAAUUUUGUUAAAUUGUACUGUGACACAGUUUUCUCAUUCUGCUGUAAUGAAACAGUAUCAUUAUUUAUUGAAUGCAUAGACACAGGAAAAAGCUGAAUCUUUACAGAGACAAGCUGUUCUAGUAUAUUAUGUAUGUCUUUUUGUUUAUUUAAUGUGACUAAAAUGCAAGUAUGUUUGAUCAUAGGACUGGACACGUGCUACACACAUAAGACUGAGAUUGUUAAAAGUAAAGACUCUGUUGGCAGAUCUGCUACCACUGGCUCGCGAAGAUCCUACUGUAACCAGACGGGUGAGAAGACUAUAACUACCCCUGUUAAUUCUGCAAUGAAACCCUCUAUUACAGAAUGACCUUUAUCUGUCAUGGGGAUAUUAGGGCUGACAUCCUCAGACAAAUAAAAUCACCAAAAGUCUGGUCAUUUGAGUUGCCUUGAACAAAUGAACUCCGGUUGUUGAGAAAGGUUGCUUGUUGCUGGGUUUAUUUGACCCUGGUAGGUAAGGGGUUAAUGUAGAUUGUACUUGUUUUGAAGAAGGUAAGGAAAAAAUCAAAAAUUUCUGGAGUCAAAGUGACUGCCUCUGUGACCUCCAUGGAGUCAUCUUAAACAUUUUGGUGUAAAAUACACCAAUUAAUCUGGCAUAUUUGCAAACCCUGGAGGUUCAUCCAAGAUUUACAAAUCCCUGGUAUGUUGCUCACCUAGCAUAUUUUUGACAUAUAAGAGAAACUUUGUUGUUCAUCAUCCGAUUAAGAGAGAAACGUAGUCAACUCUGAGCCAGUCGACACAGCACUUUGAUCUAGUUGGACUAAGUAAGUGAUCUCCGACUUCAGUGUGAUCAGCCUGUUUGUUGUAAUUGCAUCGGUCUUAGACAGAAGUGGUUUCAGCUUGGGGGUCCAAGGAAAUCAACCCAACAUUGGCGUAUUGGGUCAGCUGCCUUUUGCCUUUAGGAAAGAGACUCGAGUUUGUCAGGCCUCAUAGACAUUAAUUACAGGUGUAGCUGUAGCUAUGCUCACUAAGUGAGAACAAGGCAAUAUUAAAUCAAACAAAAGUGAUGAUUUUGGUAAGGAUACCUCUUGCACUGUUGAGUAAUAUAGUGAUGGAAUUUAAUUAUGUGAUAGGAUUUGUUAUUAAUAAGAAAGUGACGAAGGACAGGCUUUGACACAACUUUAAUCCACUUGGCAAGGCUCUUAUACUUCAAUUUACAACUGGAUGUACAGCCCGGGAAUGCUAAUGUACAACUUUCAGUCUUAGACCAACUGCCUGGGAACAACAGAACCUCGUUGCACUAAAAUAUAUGUUGCCGUUAAUUUUUUAUUUUAGUUAAUUUUUAUUUUUCCUUUGUUUCAAAUUCAUUAGCACACAUUACCAUAGCCAAAGACAAUGGAAAAAUGAAAACUACCUGAAAUAAAAAAUUAACUACAACAUUUAUGUGCUAGAGUAGGGUAGGGAAUUAUAUGUCUCUGGGAAACUGCCCACCUACCCCUCACCUAGGCCAACAAUAACACUUACUUCUCACUUAGGGCAAAAUGUUGGCUUAGGGGAGGGGUAGGUGGGCAGUUUCCCAGAAACGUGUGAUGAUCCAAAAUUAUUCAUAGGCCCAGUCUUACAGGUUUCUUUAUGACUCUACUAUUAAACUGGUAAUUGGGGGAAAAUAGGUCUGAAACUUAGUUACGACCAUCAGAUGUGAAGGAACAACAUAUGAUGUAUUACACUGUCUGCAUAAUAAUGCUGUUGAUCUUCUGCUUGUUUUUUGCAGUAUUUCUACUCCAUCAAAGAUAUUUCAGUAGGAGGAAUAUGCAUGUGUAAUGGUCAUGCUGAUGAAUGUGUUCAAUCAGGUCGGCAAGAUAUCACACAGUUAGUGUGCAAGUGUAAACAUGCAACAUGUGGCAUCAAAUGUGAAACAUGCUGUCCAGGCUUUGUACAGAAACCUUGGCGACCAGCUACACCGGAUAAUGACAAUGAGUGUGAACGUGAGUAUUAAUAAGCCAGGGAGUGAAAAUUGAAGGUUUGUGUGUGGAAUAAAGGCCUCCAGUGACUUCUCAUCUAAGUCAAAUUCUCCCUUUGAUUCACAAGCUGAUGAAGCACAAAUUUGAAAUAGAACUAGGAGAUCAUCUGAGAAGCCACUUGGAGCUUUAUUCCAGUCACUACUUUAAUAUUAUUGUUGUACAUGUACAUCUAUAAAAUCAAAUAAAUACAUGUAUGCACAGCAUGUCAAAAUGUUUCAUGUAAUGAGACCAAUAUCCAGCUAUCUUCUACCCAACAAGCUUGGUCAAUAAAGGAAUUAUUCACAUGGCGAAAAAGGGAACUUUUUUCUUGUGGGACCAAGUGGGAAGUCUGGAGUGGGCAAGAUCUUGCCAGCUCAGGUAGCUAAUCAGAACACAGGAUUUGCUUCAUCUUGCCUGCUUAAUGCAAGUACAAUGUUCAGACUGUGAUACAUACUAACUCCAAGUUUUCUUUUUGAUGUUUUCAGCCUGCAACUGCCACAACCAUGCAACAGAAUGUUAUUAUAGUGAACAGGUUGCCCAGCAAAAAGGCAGUUUGGAUAUCAAUGGAAACUUGGAGGGAGGUGGAGUUUGUCGCAAUUGUCAACACAAUACAUAUGGAAAUAACUGUGAGAGGUGUAAACCAGGCUAUUAUCGUCCUACUGGGGUGCCCAAGACGUCACCUGAUGUCUGUCAAGGUACAAGCUAUUUCAGGUUGAGCUUUAUGACAUUAUUUUUUCAGCUGGCAAAUGUUGGAGAAAGUGCACCAGUAAUCUAUACACAGGCGAGAAAUUAGCAAAUGUAAAAUUAAAAACCUCACCUGGGGCCAGAUUCACAAAGUCCUCUAAGGAUAUGACAUAAUCUUAUCCUAUGUAUCGUUCUAUAAUAAUAGCCCAUUAAAAGAAGAGUUAGAGAUAUAUUUUAAUAUAUAUGUUGUAGUUAAUUUUUAUCUCAGGUAAUUUUUGUUUUCCUUUUGUUUUUGGGUAUGGUAAUGUAUGCUAAUGAAGUUUAAACAAAGGAAAAAAUAAAAAUUACCCGAAAUGAAAAAUUAACUACAACAUAUAUGUUACAGGUCAAAAUUAAAUUCAGGUUAAAAUUUUUUUUAACCCAGGUUGAUUCUCAAUUUCCCUUGUCUCAUGGCCCCAAUUGUGACCUUUAGAUUUGACCACUUGUACUUUAUGCAUCAUCCCCAAGAGCUGAUGGCUCGUCCGUAAUGCAUUUAUUAAUCAGGGUUGUCACUAAGAUUUCAAGUUGCCGGGUAAACACAACAAGUAGGCGGGGAAAUCAAACAGCUAGGGAUUUCUUUUGGUUCUAUUUUUCUUCUAUUUUCCAAUAAAAGUAGCCGGGGGCCACUCUCUUAGUAGCCGGGGAAAAUCCCCGGCCCCCGGCUCUUAAUGACAACCCUGUUAAUGUUAAUAAUAUUAUGGUAACAACAUGUAUGAUUUUGUGCAUUGUACCUGGCUCCGCAGCUUGUGUUUGUGACUUAAGAUUUUCCACUGGCCGCUGCUUUGAUGGUGAAGGCAACUGUGAGUGCUUAGAGAACUAUAGAGGAUCACAGUGUAACCAGUGUAAUGAGGGAUAUUAUGGCUUCCCCAACUGCAAACGUAAGUUGACAGGAGAUCCUUGCUUUGAAGAGAAUUAUAAUUAUUGCUGCGGAGCGACCGCAGGGAGCGAGCAGCAACAUAAUCAGGAUUUAAAGGAAAUAUAUAGAUAGGGGCAACGAAUUCUCGAAUUCAUCACUUUUUACCACAAUGCAUUGCAUUAAACCACACUUUUUACCACAAUGCAUUGCAUUUAACCAGAGUGCAUUGCGCCACGAACAAGUCAAAUAAUAACACGGGGAAGUUCGCAUCGUUCGCUGCCCAGACUCAGAGUUUUCUUUGUAGCAAAUUUUCUACAGCGCGGUUAGAGGUCUUACCAAAUUUAAGACACGCAGGAGUCUUUCAGAUGAGUACAAUGGUUAACUUGGGGAUUGGAUUUCAGUUCAAGAGCCUUUGACUCGUCCAGGUGUUAAACCUGACCAGAAGAUGAGUAUUUGCUCUUUGACUCCGCAACACGGGGGAUACACAAAUUCCAGCUUGUUAGAAGUGAAAGUGAGAAAAUGUCACGCCAUGCUAUUCUUAAGAACCUGUAGGAGCCGAAAAUGGAUGUGAUUUUGACCAUUCGCUUCAAAAUAACAGCGGAAAUCGAGAUAACAAAACAUGUUUUGUGUCCUACGUUGCAGACGAGGACGUGUAUCGGCGUUUUGAAAAGCAUAAUUAUGUUCUUUCAUUCAUUCAUUGCCAUGGAAUAUGCGUUUACAUUGUUUUUUACCGUUAAUAGCUCGAUUAAUGCGGCUGGCGAUCAUCUUGCCGGCGGAAGUUUCAUGCAAAAAGCAUUAAAUUAAAGACUUUUCCCAAAAUUACUCAAUCAGUCUCUGUGGUGUAGUGGUUAGGUGUAGUCACGUCGAGCCGAUGGUGCUGGGUUCGAAUCCUACCGAACUUUUUUUUUCCUUCUUUCUUUUUUUUUUUUUUUUCCGUUUUUUGUGUUGUUGUUUUCCAUAAAUAUAUAGCUAAAUAACUGUUACUUAAUAAAGUGCAAUAAACAGCAAGAAAAGUAUCGUGUUUCCAGAGAAAUCAUAGUACACCAUAUAUUAAAUAUAUGGAUAAACAAUCUGAAUUUCUAUCAUUUCCGACAAUUUACUGUGGGAAAACCAGAGUUGAUAACCACUUGAUCAUUUUCUAAACAACGUUCCCACGAGUUCUUUCUAUAGACUGAUAGUAAUUAUUCUAGUACUUUCCAACAUGUAAAUAGGACAUUCAAUGUCAUUUUCGAUUCUUUCAAGUCCCACUGCCUAACUAAUGCCAGUAUCAACAGAAUGUGCCGCAGCAUUACUAUCUUUUAGAUACCCUAGUAUUUAUAGUAAGUGAGCAGCAUCCAAAAGCAAUUUUUCUCUUUAAAGAACAAAAGACAACAUGCAGGACAGGAAAUACUACAAAGUGAGCACGGCCACAAAUCCUCUUGUGUUCACACCUCAGUUGCCAAUUACUCACCCUUUAGUAAGCAUGUGAGUACGAUUCAGUCAAACAAUCCAGGCAAAAUUGCAAAAAAUCAUUUCGCUUUGACCAGUACAGCACUUCAGCAGACCUCUUACAGCCUAUGUACGUUUUGUGUUCCCAGUGCAGGCAAGGUGAUCUUCUAAAGGAAAUUUGCAUUUUGUUCUUUUCAAAAGAAGUAAAUAAUUAUAUAUGUGCAUAGGACAGCAUUUAAACGAAAGAGCACUCUGGAUUAUCAUGGUCGUGAAGUGGAAGACAAAGUUUUCUUUCUCAAUGUGUAUAUGGUCAACUCUCUUUUAGUAGACACCUUUUUAACUAUAUGCUGCACGUUCUAUGCACCUCUUUCUUAUUUUUUUUUAGUACGCCUGACACGUGUACUCAGAAUUUAGUGAGUUUUUUGUUAGUUUAUUUUGUGCGUGAAGUUGGUCCAUGCCUUAUAUUUAACUCUCCAUAAGACAGAUGUCCCUUUAGAUGGACACUUAGUAUCAGUCCCAAAGGUGUCCAUCUAGAAAGAGAGUUGACUUCAUUGUGGCUGUUAUAAUUUUUUGCAGCAUGCGACUGUCAUCCCCUUGGUACAAGUGGACGUGUCUGUGGACCAACUGGAGAACAGUGUCCAUGUAAACCUGGUUAUACAGGUGCUAAGUGUGAUCAGUGUGACACAGGAUAUUAUGGAUUCCCUAACUGCAGAAGUGAGUUAUUACCUGGACAUGCAAUCUUUGUUCACUGCUAUGGACCGCAUAACAGAGAUUAAAGGCCCAUGUUCACCCUAGAUGCAUUGCGCGCCCUGUACUCCAGAAAAAACAUUUCGCGUAGUUGAAAAUCGCUGUCUUUAGUGUGUAAAGUCAAUCUUUGUUAAUCUUCUACAGUUCGCUAAAUCUGGUUUAAAAGAAAGUCUCAACAAGUUCUUUUGGUAUUUUUCUUUACAUCUUUUUGGAUAUUUUGGAAUGGUAUCGAGUGUUUGUUUCACUGCAGCACUUUCGAUGGCGGCUUCAUCGAAACAAAUGGUUGGAAGCAUGGUUGGAAGACUGCGUCGACGGAGGUCGCCGAAGUACAUUCGUCUCCGUGAAUCCGUUUUUUUAAUCCCUGGAGAGAUGGGAAAGAAACUCUUGGCUGUAAAUUCUACAGACAGCGUAUUUGCCGAGUUCCUUCUACAUUGAACGUUCAAUUGUAAACAAAGGUCCCGUUGAAAUCAGUUGAAAGCAAAACAAGCGAGUCAAUCUAACAUGAACAAUGCUUUAUUAAAUUUAACCUAUGAAGCGAGUGAUAUCCUUAACGUAAACUUAUCGUCUGGCGUAUCACCAUUAAAGCCGGCUCUAAAGUAGCGAGAACUCUUAUUUAAUAGCAAACCAAUCCUUAGCAAAACCUAAAGAAAGUGUAAUACAGCGAUUACAGCGACAAGACUGUACGCAGUGCCGAUUCGACGCUUUGCAAACACAACUUCUCGCUUAUUCUUUCGAGAACACAUACCUAAGCUUCCUAAGAAUUAACACAAAAUAAUAGAUUGAGGAAUCAAAACAUUUCCCAGUCGAAUCGGGCUUCAGGAAAACCUCACCUGGUGCUUAGACGUUUCGUAAUUUAUGACCUUCAUUGUGUUCAUCGGACUCAACAAAGCAUCCAUAUGAAUUCACUACCAGUUUAAAUUUUGAACUGCUUUCUGCGGUGACAUUUAACGAAUUCGGCGAUAUAUCUUCCUCCAUUUGGGAAAGAAUCAAAAGUCUUACUGGCCUCUUUGAUACUGUCUCUCUAAGCUUCGGUCAAGCGUGAAAAAAGCUGCAAUUGUAGUCUCCCUCGCAGUCGUUUUUAGUAUCGUCACGCAACGCUCCUCAAAGUGGAAGCCAAUCAAAACACUGCAUUUGACAAAAGAAUCGUUUCAAAACAAAAACACAAGCACGCAAAGCCAUUUGGGUGAACAUGGGCCUUUAAAGUGCCCAUAACCUAAAAUUUUAUAUUUUCUUAUCUGAAACUACACUUUAUUAAAAUAACUUCUGUGAAAAAAUUUUGCGAUUUGAACCAAAGACAAUUUUUUUAGAAUUUUUUAAAAGCGUUCAAAUUUGCCGCCAUUUUGGCACACCAUUCGUCUCAGUCUUCUCUCGGAGUAUGACGUUGUAUGACGUACUUUAAGGAACACGUGACUUUAUCAACAGGAAAACAUUAAGAGUUCUGGUAGGUUUUUCUGUUUCAGAAAAACUUUCUUCUUGCGAAGACAUUGUGAUUCAAUCCUUACUUCUAAUUGAUCUUUCUUGCGUACAGCUGAUGAAGGCGAGUUCCUUAAUUUACGUCACGUGAUGUCAUAUGUGAGCCUGCUAGUUUGCGUGACCAGCGUCGCGGGUGUACCGCAAAAAUGUAGACUUCAAAAAUUGUUAAAAAAAUCGCGUUUUGUUCAAACCGCAAAAUUUUUUCGCAGAAGUUAUGUUAAUAAGGUUUAGUUUCCGAUAAGAAAAUAAAAAAUUUUAGGUGAUGGGCACUUCAAGUCAAUAAAAUUUAACCUACAGUUAUCUGUUAGAAAGAGUACAGUGAAAAUAAUAUUUUUCUGUAUGUCUUUGGCAGUGACAUUCCAUUAAAAUGGAGGUGAUUUUUUCCAAAAAAAUGAUUGGUUUGGAGGCUCUGAAAGGUCUUUGCAUCUACAGUGCCCUUGUAGCGAUCAGGUUUGAGUUAGGUUUACAGGCUUUCACAAAUUGGUAAAAUGCGCCAAUCCUGAUUAUGAAUCUUCUAUAGCAGCAGUCUCAACGUUUCUGUGGUUAUAAGAGGUAGAAAAAUAAAGGAACUUUUUUGGUUCUGCCAUCUGCCCCCUCCCCCAAUGCUUUUUUUCUCUUCUUGAAAGCUGGUGUAUGCAACUCAGCUGAGUGUACCCGUCUUAUUGCUUAUUACUGUACUAUGUUUACUAUUGUAUAAUGUCAAUGACUUCUGCAUUGUUGUAGGGUGUAACUGUGAUAGGGUUGGAUCAAUAUCACCAGACACCUGUGAUGCGACUACUGGCCAGUGCAACUGUCGUCAAAUGUACACUUCCCGACAAUGCACUCAGUGUAGUAAGGGAUUUUACAGCUUUCCUGAAUGUAACGGUAGGUACAUGUACUUGCUUGCAUGUGAAUUUUCACAUUUCAAGUUCUUGUCCUUUGUCAGAGCGAAUGCUAACUUGAAUUGCUCCAACACAGCUCCACAGUUUAAUUCUUUUAGACACCCCUUAGUUUAUAACAUGCAUCAUUUAAGAAUGCUAACAGUGGUUAACAGCAAAGAGCACCCUCAGUGCUAGUGGCCUGUGAGUGGCCUGUAUGCCCAGUAGUUAGUUUACAACACUGUUCACAUAAUUUUGUGGUAUGUCUAGUUUACUUCAUGCAUUGAUUUGUUGAGAUCCACACAGUUUCUUUCAGCCACUUAUCCCUCUCCUCCCCUCAUUUGUUUUCUUUCCACUGAUAUUGUAACAUGUGCCUGUUUUUUUGUUUUUGUGGGGAUCAUGGCUGUGUUGUUGUGCCAGCCUUGGGUGUGUUAUUCAAUCUAAGGGAUGCAGGAUUGUCAAAAGUAGCCGGCUGUUGGCUAAAAAUUGCGGCCUAAUUGUUUAGUAUCAGCCGGCUACUCUGCUUGGCAUUUUCUUGGCAUUUUUUUAUGGAUCGCAUUUAGAUAAAAUAUCCCUGGACUGGCCACUUACUUUGACAACUCAGCCGUCUACUUCAAAACUUUCCGACAACCCUAGGGAUGGAUUGCCAAAAGGUGGAGGUCCCUGGAUACUCCAAGCACCAUACCUCCAUUUAGCAUUGUGGUUGUUAAGUGCAAUGGUUAUGAGGUCUGACAAAUUACAUUAUGAUCAGUAGUUAUUAUUUGCUUUUUUGGACUCACUGUGUACAGCCGUGAAUAGCAUUCUUAUCAUUUAGAACUAAUUCACUGACAGGGAGCCAGGGAGCUCCUAACAUAACCUGCAACACCAUUCUCUUCAUCUUUGAUUUUUGCCAGCUUUCAUAAGCAUUCUCCUCUUAGUCUAGUAACUGUGGAUGCACAACAACCUUCUCUGAUCUUUUUUAUGUGUUACUUUUGUUGUUCAGUUUGUAACUGUGAUGCUGAAGGUACAGCUAGAGAUAUCUGUGAUCCAAACACUGGUGAAUGCAUCUGCAUGAAGAAUUUCGCAGGUCCGCGCUGUGAUGUUUGCAAUGAAGGAUAUCAUAGAUUUCCUAGCUGUGUUGGUAAGUGUAAAGCCAACAAGGUUUUAACUCUUUAAACCCAAUGUAAAGAAUCAGAUUCACAUUAAUUUGUGCACUUAAACAUUUUCUACAGAACUAGCUAGUGAGGAGAAUUUCCAAUUGAAGAAUAAAUUAGAUUCAGCUUUUGUGAUCCUGUCCUUAAUUAUUCACACCAACCUUGUUAAAGCAAUUUGAUAUUACAAGGAGGAAUUUGAUGCGAAUGACACAUACCUGUAUAGGACUUAAAAGGUUUAAGGUCGUCAGUGGUCUGCAUAGUUAAACUGUUAAAAUCUUGAGAUCUUCUUUUUGAAUUGCCUGAAAAAAAAUGUUUAGUUGUAUUAUGUAAUGUCAGGUAUCCUGUUCUGGUUUUUAAUCAUCAGAUUGUGGCUGCUCUGAGCAAGGGUCUGUGUCUCGUAAUUGUUCCCGGUUUGGUGUAUGCAAAUGCCGAGUCAACUAUGAGGGUGUGAGGUGCGACAGAUGUCGAGCAGGCUACUACAGCUAUCCCCAAUGUGUGAACUGUUCAUGUGAUCCUUUUGGAUCCCAGCAUCAGUUCUGUGAUCCUAGGACAGGCCAGUGUCUUUGCAAAGGAAGCUUCCGAGGCCAAAACUGUAAUCUCUGCCGCAGUGGGUAUUAUGGCUUUCCUAAUUGUCGGGCUUGCGAGUGCAACCCCGCAGGAAUUAAACCCCUCCCGGGUCGUCCACUGGGUGAUUGCUCCUCUUCUAAUACGGUGAGUUUAUAUCAUUGCCUCAUCUUAAUAUUCUCUGAAAUGGGAUAUAUUUUUUGAUCACUUCUUUAAUUUUCAUUCAGCAACAAAAAUUAAAAAAAAAAAGAUUUGCAGCUACACUUAAAUUCUUGUAUCAUUGCUCUUUGCUUGAAAUCAACUCUCUCUAAGACAAAAGCAUUGGGCACAUCUUUAAGACUUAAGGCCCCAAUAGCCACAUUUAUGUUUAAAAUUUUUAAUUCUCUAGACUGAUCUCCAUACAACAAAGUAAAAAUAUUAAAGAAUGAGUUGAGGAAAUUUGAUACAUGACCAAAGCAUUCUGACUAGAUGCUGUUCAUUUUAUAAUUAAUUUUUUAACUCGUGGGUACGCGCGAGCGUACCACGAGUUAUUGCAGGGACUGAGAUAUGCAAAUGAGUCACUCACUCACUCAUAGUAGACGCACUUCGUAAUUAAUCGGGUGCGAACUCGAGAGCGCGAAGAUCUAUCGUUUCCAAAGAAGCACGCGCUCGCCAAAGUUCGGUAGCAUCAAAUUCCCCGCUGCGAGCGUGCAUCGUGCACUACAGCACGGUUAGGAUAGAGGUCUUACCAAAUUUAAGACAGGCAGGAAUCUUUCAAAUUAGUACGAUUCAAAAGCCUUUGACCCGUCCAGGCGUUAAACUUGACAAGAAGAUAAGCAUUUGCUCUUCGACUCCUUCAACUUCGACGCUGGCUUGAUCUCCUACCUUGUAGUACUGUAGUAGGUUAUGUGUAUGAAUGAAUUUAUGGCAGUCAGUAUAAAACACGGACAGGGGACUACGGACUGGGUAUAAAAUACGAACUAUAAAAUACGGACUGGUGAAAUGUAUGGUAAAUAAAGGCACUUCUUCUUCUUCUUCUUCAUAAGGACUCCCCAAGAUCACGGGGGGAAAUGGAUGUGAGUUUGAGCAUUACCUUUUUAAAAUAACAGCGGAAAUCGAGAUAAGGAAACAUAAGCUAAUGUUUUGCGUCCUACUUCGCGGAGGAGUUGUGUCGGCUUUGUAUCGCAUAUGUUCUUUCAUUGCCAUGAAAUGCGUUUACAUUGUUUUUUACUGUCAGUAGCCUGGUUUCAAUUAGCCUUAAUUUCAUCCCACUGCUUCGAGUCGUUUUUAUGGCUCGAUCGUUUGCCCCGGUCGUUUGCCGGCGGAAGUUCCAUGGAAAAGGCAUUAAAUUAGAGACUUUUCGCAUUCGACCAUCCUCAAUGGCGUAGUGGCUAUGUGAGGUCGGGUCUAACCGAAGGUACCGCGUUCAAAUCCUGCUAAGACCUUUUUUUUCCCUUCUUCCUUUUUUUUUUCUUUUUUGUUUUGUCUUGUUUGCUUAUUUGUUUUGCUGUUUUUUUUGGCUUUGUUUUUAAAUAUAUACUUAAAUAACUGUUACUAAGUGCAAUAAACAGCAAGACAAGUAUUGUGUUUCCAGAACAAGGAUAGUAUAUUUAUAAUAUGAAUUUCUGUCAUUUCCUAAAAUUCACUGUGGGAAAACCAGAGGUGAUAACUAAUUGAUUAUUUUCUAAACAACGUACCCACGAGUUGACGAUAGUCUUUCUUUGAUUAUUAAUUCUCAUCACCAUUAUUUCCGUUACAACUUUUAUUAUAAUUUUUGUAGCUACUGAUAUCGUUAGAAGAAAAUUGAUGUUAGUCACCCUAGGGAUUAAUUAAUAAGGGCUAGUUUCUGUCUUAGAGAUGUGCCCACUUCAUCGGGAGCAAAAGAAUGAUUAUGUUAGGGUUAAGGAGGAGUAUUGGUGAUACCACCGACCUGUCUUCUGGUUAAUGAAACCUCAUCAAGUGUGGUUGCUCGAGAGAUAGAGGGUUAACCAUUAUAACUAUGGAUUAAAGGGCUACCGUGGUUAUUCAAGUUACAUGUACUUACUUAAUGAUGCUUAUAAUUAUCAUUAGGGUCAGUGUAACUGCAAGGACAAUGUACAGGGUUUGAUCUGCUCUGAGUGCAAAGAUGGCUACUAUGCUCUGCAGAGCAGUAACCCAAUGGGAUGCAAAAACUGUGAUUGCAACUUAGAUGGUGUGAUAGGUGGGCUAAGAACGUGCGACAAGACCACAGGGCAGUGUCCAUGCAAACUGUAUGUGACUGGCAGACGAUGUACCAGGUGUAAAGUGGGAUUUUAUGGUCUGGCAGGGAGAAAAAUAUUUGGAUGCACAGGUAUAGAGAAUUGUUACCUACUCAAUGUUAAUUGUGUCAUGCAAAGUAAGAGUUAACUUUUUGAGGAGAAUGUUAUCGCACAUGAAAUCAGUAGCUCACACAGUGGGAGUAUGGUCUUGUUUCUUUUACAUAGACGUACUAUAUGCACCACUUGGCCGCACCUCUCUCCACUGCCGAAAACGCACCCCCGUCCCCCGCCCUUAUGUGAAUAGACCCUUGAAUUUAUGUCAGGCCAGGGCACAGAUGACUAUUACUUACCCUUGUACUACUGAUGUUAUGCUUAGGGUGUGGCUGUGAUGUGGGUGGAGCCUAUGAUCAGUAUUGUGAUUCCAAUUCGGGACAGUGCUCAUGUCGCCCUAAUGUUGUUGGAAGAGACUGCAGCAGGUCUGUACUGAGUAUCUACAUGUUGAAUUUCAACUUUGUAUGAUUUCCUUAAGAAAAUGCUUGAUAUUGACUGUCUCUGUUUAGUUCUUAGUGAGAGCAAAUAAAUGAAGGCAGUAAUCGUUUGUGUGAGUUGUUUCAGUUUCAAAGUACAUGUAUAAGGCUUACUGCUGUAAUCCUAUUUACAGAGCUGAGUUUCUUAGACUAUAUUGAAAAGCAACAACAUAUAGUGGAAGCUCUCCUAACCAACACUCUCGUAAGCAGAAAGCUCUUCUUACGGCCACCUUCACAAAAUGCUAUUUCUCCUAACUCCCAUACAAACUCUGUAUUUUUACAUUCUCGUAAGCGGCCAGCCCCAGUUACGGACACCUUUUUUGUGUCCCAAGGGUGUCCGCCUGCAAGAGCUAGCUUUCACUGUAACUUCUGUCACCCUAAGAACAAAGAAUUCUGACCAUGAUCGGUGGGUGAAAUGCACAAAAUGAAUGUCCAGUAAAUAACAAUGAAUAAAAAUUUAACAUGCUCGGGGCUAUCACCUCUAGCUUACAACAACUGUUUGCCUUAUACCUUUUUCCCAUUGUCUCCCUCUUUUUUAGUUAACUGUGUAUAGUUUCUUACAGUCAGUCUGUUUGUACCUGUUGUAGCCCUGCCCCUCAGCACUAUUAUCCAACUUUACUUCAAAUCAAAUCAGAGAUGGAGGAUGGAACUACAGUUCCAAGCAAACAAGGUUCAGAUGUGUUGUCACCUGACAUUAUGAUGAACAGUGAUGGACAGCCUGUCAGAUUUGGCUUUGAUGAGAGUGUAUUCCCUGGUUAUUCAUGGCGUGGUUAUGCUUCCAUGUCUGAUAUCCAGGUACAGUGUAUGAAGGGCUCGGUUGACAAUUUCUGCUUAUAAUACUGUCCACUCUUACUUAAAGGGGCUCUAGGUAUUUUAGACUUCAGCUAAAACACAACUUUAGAGAUCCAGGGAAAGCCAAAGAUCAGUUAGUAAAACAAUAUUGAAAUGGUUGUCAUGUAGGUAAACUUGAAAAUGUUGUCACUUAAAUGUGUUGUAAAUUUGUUUUAGAUGAUUGAUUCCUGUCUUCCUGAAAUGAUCAUUUGUCAUAUGGUUUAUUUUUCAUCAUGUUUUGCUCAAAAUGCCUCUGAGAUGCUCCACUAGACUGAUCUUCAUAGACAUCCUUAAAUAAUUAGUUGAGAGAAGUUGACAGAAGAUCAAAGCAUUUUCCCUUUAGUGAUCGUUUUAUUAAUUCUCAUAACCUUAUCUCUCUAUAAUGUAUGGAUCAUAUUGUCAGGAAAAAAGUUGAACUUAAUAUAUAUAAGGGUUAGAUUGUUUGUCGGCGAGGCUCUGUUCUUCUCAUUUUAAGCAUACUGAUGACAUCUGUCAUGUUACUUACAGAGAGUGCUGAAGGUAACAGUGGACAUUCCCAAGACAGGCCGUUACCACACUGUAUUCCACUACAUACUGAAUGAGAGUUCUCCAGUGACAGGCGAGGUUAUGUUUACUCCAAAGGGAGGGGUAGGAAGCAAGCAAAGCAGUAAAGUCACAUUUCCAGUCACCCCUGCUGGACCAGCACGUCAGACUGUUGGAGUAGCUGACAGUCCAACACAGUUUAUGUUGACAAAAGGACAGUGGGAUCUGGUGUUGGUGCUGCCUCCUGCGAGUGUUCUUUUGGUGAGC